AGCGGGAACUACAGGUAUGAGGCUGGCGCCGAGUCUUCUGGGCCAUUAUGGCAGUCAAGUGGACUGGUGGACAUUCUUCUCCUAUUCUCUGCCUGAAUGCAAGUAAAGAAGGACUAGUGGCUUCUGGAGCAGAGGGUGGAGAUCUCAUCACUUGGGGUGAAGAUGGGACUCUAUUAGGACACAUCCAGUUCCAAGGGGCUGAUGAUGUUACUAGUGUCUUAUUUUCUCACUCCCGUCCCACCAAGCUCUAUGCCUCACAUGGAGAAACUAUUAGCAUAAUGGAUGUCAGAUUCCUCAAAAGUUCCCUGGACCAAUUUCAUGUGAACGAAGAAGAAAUCAAUUGUCUUUCAUUGAAUGAAACUGAAAACCUGCUGGCUUCUGCUGAUGACUCUGGGGCAAUCAAAAUUCUAGAUUUGGAAAAUAAGAAAGUUAGCAGAUCCCUGAAGAAACAUUCCAAUAUCUGUUCCUCUAUAGCUUUUCGACCUCGGAGGCCUCAGAGCCUGGUAUCAUGUGGACUGGAUAUGCAGGUGAUGCUGUGGAAUCUUCAGAAAGCCCGGCCACUGUGGAUUACAAAUUUACAAGAGGAUGAAACAGAAGAAAUGGAAAGCCCACAAUCACCUGGUCAGCUCUUAAACCCUGCUCUAGCCCACUCUGUCUCUGUGGCAUCGUGUGGUAAUAUUUUUAGUUGUGGUGCAGAAGAUGGUAAGAUUCGAAUCGUUCCUGAAGACCGGAAAGAUCCAGAGGUGUUCCAAGUCCGGACUUGGCUGCUGGAAGCCAUGUUUGGCACAGAUGGAUCUCAAAUGCCUUACAUCCAGCAAGUGAGAAAGGCCAUGCUCAAGCUGAAGGCUCUGGAAUCCUCAGACCUCACUGAAGCCGUGGUUUACAGCUCUUCCUUGUGUAAGCUCUGGACCAAGUGCAUGCUCCAGUUCAUGACUGAGUGGCACUGCCAGCGGCAGGAGCAAGGGUUGCUCAAGCUUGAGGAAGCCAUGAAUGCCGUCGAACUAGGUCCCUGGGUGAAGUGA